AGAAAACACUAAUUCAAAUAGUCUAUGAGUAUUCAUUUGAAUAUAUGACUCAGCUAGAUAAAGAAUUGCUAUUCCGCAAAGAAAUUCAGAAAUGCGAAAUACUAAUAUCCUGUAAUAAGAUGGUUGUAUGAUGGUAUUGCUUGGGAAAUAUACAAUACGUUUGUUAGUUUGGCUUUACAACUUAUAAUAAAAUAAAAUGCAGAACAUCAUGCUAAUUUAGAGUUUUGCUAGAAAUUGAAGAGUAAUGUAAGCUGAGUAAUAAACGUAAGUGUAAUAAAUACUACUAUUAAAUUCAAAAAAUUUCAGAAUAUAUUUUACGAGAGUAUUUAAUUUAUUUUGGACUCACUGGUUAAAAAAUGGAAGAAGAAGAUUCCAAUAUUUAUGAAUAUGCAAAUGGAACAAGCUCGUGUGGAGGACUUCCGAGACCUGAAAGAGAGGAAAACACAUAUGUGAUUCCAAUUCCUUCUCCUCACCCACCUCCAACGCUAUCAUCAGAUGUGUACGAAUCCAUGAUAGGCCAGUACCGACCAUCUGACUCUAGCAUUCAAACUUCUACAACUCGCAAUUUUGAAAAAUACAAUGACUUGAAUAAGAAAAUGAAACGUAUCAUUGUAUAUUUUGUUUUUAUAAUAUUCCUCUUCGCUGCAUUUACCAUCGUUGGAUUUGCAUUAUUACAAAUGAAGCAUGACUGCUUAUCUCGGGAUCUGGAACAAACGUCACACGCUUUGAAUGACUCAGUCAAAAUUCAGAAGCAAUUGCUAAGAGUCACAGGAUGGUAUCUUGCAACGAAUCAUAGAAUUUACAAACUCUAUAAAACAAACAUGACGUAUUUUGCCGCGGAAAAAAUCUGUCAAAGUGAAAACUCCCUACUCGUCACAUCGGGAAUAAGAGAUCCCGUAAUAAGAAGCGAGUUAAUAAAAAAGGUGGUACAACCCGGAGGCUAUGAUACAUGGAUCGGUGUCAAUGACAUUAAAAAUGAAGGACAUUGGGUAUGGUUAGACAAUGUGACGUCAAAUUUGAAUGACACUUAUUGGAUGGAAGGACGUCCAAAUAAUUAUAACGGCAACGAGAACUGUGGUCAUUUGUGGAAAACACACAAUUAUAAAGUCAAUGAUGCUAACUGCAAAGAAUUUAUGUAUUUCAUAUGCGAAGCUUGAAUAAAAACAAUUAUACUGAUGGCACCUAACGAAACUCUAUACCUCAGACAUUUCGUCAUGUUAUCCAUCUAAUGUGUAAUGAAAUACCCUUGGAAAUGACGAGCUGUUAGCUUUCCACUGAAUAUUUUAUCGCUUAUCGAGAAAUGUUGUUUCCAGGAAAUGGGUGGCUGGUACUGAAAUGAACUAUCGAACAGUCUCGAAUUAAAGAAAACCAAUUGUGUUGGAUAUAAAAUAUCAUUUAAUAUGAAUAGAAUUAUAGAAAUUUAGAACAGUGAUUGGUCAUGACUUCCGGUCAGUGUUGUCAACUUGAGAAGGUCAAAAGAGGUUUUUUCAAUACAGAUAACCAGACAAAUCGUAGAAGCUAAGAAAUAUUUUUGGUUAAGUAUGUAAUUGGGUUUGUUGUACUAUUGCAUUCUUCUAUUUAAUCCACUAAAAGUUUGAAAAAUUAAAUGUGAUGGAUCCAAUAAAUGCUACCAUUAGUGUGACAAGUGUUGACAUUCAGGUUUUGCCUAUUUAGGAGGUCUUAUUGACUCCAA